AUAUACUAAAAUGAUCAUUAAAAAAGUAUGGACAGCGUGGAUAUAUAAUAUAUACAUUAAGGUGAGCCCCAAGGUAAGGGCCGCACCGUCCUGGGUGAAGCCGGGGUCUCACCUAAUCGGCUCCCCACCCCAAGAUUGAAAGCAGAGUCACUUGCUCUGUUCCCAGCUGGAAAUUUCAGGACACGAUCGUUCCACAAAUAAAAGCCAUCAUCAUCACCAUCGUUCCAGCUAAUUUUCACUAUCAGAGUUCUUUUUUAAAUUGAGUUGCUUCUGAAAGCCUUGAAAGAGAGACUUCAAAUGGUAGUGGCUAUGGAAUUCUUCUGGGAGGCUACCAAGAAUGCAUGGGCUCAAUACAACUGCUCUAGAAGGCUGGAAGAGAACCUUACUGUUCUGAGAACCGAAAUGCGAGGGUUGAGUAGCCGGGAGUGCGACAUAAAGAAUGAAUUGAAGCGGGUGGAGGUAGUGCAUGGAAGGAAGCUAAAAGAAGAGGUGAGUUUAUGGCUGGAAAAUGUGGAAAAAAUUACGAGCGAAGCAACAAAGGUAGAAGAGGAUUGUAGAGAAGUAAGGAGAUAUUUCUCGCUUUCGCGUGUAGCAUUGGGAAAACUUGUCAUAGAUAAGAUUGAAGAGGUGGUGAAGUUAAAGGAGAAAGGUCAAUUUUCAGGAGGGUUACUUGCUGAUCUAGUACCUGAAAGUGGAAGUAUGCCUAUGAUGAAACUCGUGGGUAGAACGAGAGAUGAAAGAAAUUCGGAAGAGAUUUGGGAGUCCUUGAUGGAUCGCGUGGUCAAAACUAUUGGUGUCUAUGGCAUGGCGGGAGUUGGCAAGACGACCAUCAUGACCCAGAUCCACGAUAGAAUAACGCGCUCCGGAAAAUUUGGCCAUGCCGUUUGGGUGAAACCGCCUAACGGUUCUAAUAUUGAGAGACUGCAGAAUGGUAUUGGACAAGCAAUAGCAUUGGAUCUUUCCCAUGAAGAGGAUGAAAUGAGAAGGUCAGUGAAAUUGUUGGAGGCUUUGAAGUGGAGGGGGAAUAAUUUCAUUAUCAUCUUUGAUGAAGUGUGCAAACCAUUUCCAUUAGAAAAGGUAGGGAUUCCCAAGGGCGAUGCAUGCAAAAUAAUAUUGACUACUCGAUCAAAAAAUGUUUGUCGAGACAUGAAGUGCGAUAGAAAGAUUGAAGUAGAGGUUCUUUCAAGAGAAGAAGCAUGGAAAUUGUUUAAGGAAAGGCUCGGGGCUAAUGUGGUGCUUUCUAUGGAAGUAGAACCGAUUGCAAAGCUUAUCACUGAAGAAUGUGGUGGUUUGCCUCUUGGAAUCAUCACAGUAGCAAAUGCAAUGAGAGAAAAGAAUGACGUUAGAGAAUGGAGGAAAGCAUUAGAGGAGUUAAAAUGCUCAACAAUGGAGAUGGAAGGCAUGGGUGAUCAAGUUUUUCGAAUUUUGAAAUUUAGUUACGAUAGAAUAAAAUCUGAGAGGAGUCGAUCUUGUUUCUUGUAUUGUGCUUUGUUUGAAGAGGGCUAUGGAAUCAAUGAUGAAGGCCUGAUAGAACAUUGGGUUGCAGAAGGAUUGAUAGAUGAUAUGGGAGACUGGGAAAAGGAACUCGACAAAGGCCACACAAUAUUGAAAGAACUGAUUGAUUUAGGUCUGUUGGUGAGUUUUGAUCAUAGCUUACUGAUGCAUGAUUUAAUCAGAGAUUUGGCCAUAGGCAUUACAAGGAAGACCCCUCGGUUUGUGGUCAAGGUUGGGACCGGAAUAAGAGGAUCAAUUGGUGUAGAAGAAUUUACUGAAGAUGUUGAGAGAAUCUCAUUAAUCGGAAAUGAAAUUGAAAUGCUUUCGGGAGAACCAAACUGCCCAAAACUCUCCACAUUGUUGUUGAAAAUGAACUUUCUCUCAGGCAAUAUUUCUCAUGAGUUCUUCAAUCGCAUGAAGAGCCUCAGAGUUCUAGACCUCUCUAUCACUAAGAUUGAAUAUUUACCAGCAUCAGUUUCAAACUUGGAGAACCUGCGUGUACUCUUAUUAGAAAAUUGUAGGAUGUUAAGGGAGGUACCGUCCUUAGAAAAGCUCAAACAUGUAAAGCUUUUGAACCUCAGUGCUACAGACAUCAAAGAAUUGCCGCAUGGGAUGGAAUGUUUAGUUAACCUCAAAGAGCUGUGUGUUUCAUCUUCUACAACAAAUAGGUUGAAUGCUGUUGGUUGUAAUUCCUUAGUGCUUCCUGGUACUAUUGUGAAGUUGGAAAUGUCUCAAUGCGAGCUGUCAAGCUUACCUUACCUCUCUCCCUUGCAACGGUUACAGAAAUGUAGUAUCUCGUGGUGUAGCAUGAAGUGGUUGUUGCCGAUAAGAGAUAACAGCACCGUAACGUCUUUACCCUCAAUACAGUCUCUGAAUCUAUACGAGCUUCCAAGUUUUAGGGGUCUGUGUGAGGGAGUCUUGCUGCCUGGCUCAUUCGCAUGCCUCGGACGCCUGGUCGUCGACGGAUGCAAUGUAUUGGAGAGUCUCAUGUCAGUUGCAUUGUUUCAGCACCUCCAAUGCCUCGAACACAUUGAAAUUCAAAAAUGCAGUGAGAUGGAGGAGGUAAUACAAGGAGGAGAAGAAGCUAUGGUUGAAGAAAGUGAUAACAACAACAAUAACAAUAUCAUUCUACUCCCGAAGUUGAAGGAGUUGUAUUUGCAUCGUUUAGGGAAAUUGAAAAGCAUUUGUAAGCUGGUACUCACCUGCCCUUCCCUUAAUAAGAUCCAUAUAGUGGGUUGUCAUCGGCUGAAGACGAUCCCUCUUUCCUUGGGCCACUCAACAUCUGUUGUGGUAGGAGAGAUAGAAGGAAGCAGAGAGAGGUGGGAUGCAUUGGAGUGGGAUGAUUCCAACACCAAAACACUACUCCUACCUCUCUUUCAAGAAGUAGAUGAAGCAGCAGGAGGAGGAGGAGAAACACGGGGAAUCAAAAGAAAAGCAGAAGAAGAACUACAACAGGUUGCGAGGAUUUCCUAAUUAAUAUGAGAAUGGCUUUGUAUGUAUUUCAAUUAACAGCGAGGAUCUCCUAAUUAAUAUGAGAAUGGCUUUGUAUGUAUUUCAAUUAAUAGCGAACAUGAGUAUGGCU